AUGUCGAAACCAUCGAAUUACCUCCCCAUUGGGUGCUUGGUCACAAGUCAAAAGCAAACUGCCAUUGAAGACGUUACAUGGAAGCAAUUUCAAGAGAGAUACGAAAGCUGGGCCUACGUAUGUCCGACAGGCCAGGUUCCUGAUAUUAGCAGCACCCAACUGGCCGUAUUCGACGACACGGACGACGCGCUUCUGACGUCUCCGCCCUUCAAGAACUACAGGCCUCUUGCCGCUUCAAGAUGGAUUCGCCUGGAAUUCAUGGUCACCGGCAGCAACGCAGAGGUUGGCGUUGCCAGGAUUUAUGCGCUUCCUGACGAUAUUGACAGGCGACUUGUCGACCGAGCUCGAAGCAAGCUGAAAAGCCUGCGAGGGUCUCUUCUCAACUUACUCGACUGUUCACCCGAAACCUGGAAGGGCCGGAUAAAUUCAGUACCUAUAUCAAUCACCAACCAUUCUGUGAAGGGAGUCGACGCUGGAGAUGAGGCCCUUUCACUUUUGCAAAUGUUCAACAGUAUGCCCUCACCAGACCCAAAUCCUAAUGCUAUCGUCAACCAGGCCGAUCAAGAGGCCGCAUACGCUAUCCUGGCAAGCGAGCUUCCCGGUCUGAAAACCACUCUGUACGAUUAUCAGCGCCGUUCGGCUGCUCUGAUGAUCGAGCGAGAGAGCGAGCCGGGCCGGUUCCUGGAUCCACGGUUACUCAAAGGGAUAGACCAGAAUGGUGUUGAGUUUUACUUUGAUACCAGCUCUGGUGUCCUGCUUAAGGAGCCCCGGUACUAUGACGGUGUCAAAGGUGGCAUUCUGGCAGAACAGAUGGGUGCCGGCAAGACACUAAUUUGUUUAUCCGUCAUUCUGGCAACGAGGCAUUCAGCCACCCAGACGCCUGACAUAUAUCAAGGAAGCGACAUUCUCGUCAGAAAGCGCAUAGCGUCGCUAGCAGAUAUGGCAGCGGCUAGUGUCACUCGGAAAGCCGCUCCCUGGAAAACUUACUUCAACGUCUACGGCAUCAAGGAAGACUUGGAGUUUCCCAACUGCCUCGCCGCAAUCGACCGGAAUCCCGGGUUUUAUUCUGUUCCAGCCCCCCCUCCGAGACGCCUUCGGCGUAAUGCCACAGAAGGGGAACAACCGCCAAGGAAAAUCUGGCAUAGUCACGCGUCACUCGUGGUUGUCCCCAACAACCUGGUUCAGCAAUGGGAGCAAGAAAUUAGCAAGCACACUGUUGCCUCUGAAGACCCAGCUAGUCUCAAAGUCCUUACCUUGACCAGCCAUAAAGGAGAGAUUCCGUCUGCUGCACGGCUGGUAACGUACGACAUCGUCCUCAUAUCUCAGUCCCGUCUCCUGAAGAUAUACAAGGAGACGUUGAUGCAUGGGAGCACCUUGUCUGAGGUUCACUUCAAGCGCUGCAUCGUCGACGAAGGCCACAAGUUGGGACAUUCUAAAAUAUUGAACAAAAGCGAUCUUCUCCUUGCUUUAGACCUGAUGUCCAUCGCUGCUAGGUGGAUCGUGACGGGUACUCCUUCUCCCGGCUUGUACGGUGUGGAUAACGAAGCUGGCACAAGUGGCGUCCAUGAAGACGGUGCUGCGCUGGUACAGGAUACAUCCGCAGCGAACACAGAGAAGCAGGAUCUUGAGAAGAUUGGAGCGAUAGCUUCGCUCUAUUUGAACGCUCGACCCUGGUCAAACACGUUGUUGGAAACGGAAGAUACGACAGCAGACUGGGCUGUAUAUGUCAUGCAGCCCAGGCACAGCUCGAGGAGCAGUGGCCGAAAAGGCGUUCUGCGAGCGACGCUGAACUCUCUGCUUAUCAGGCACCAACUGUCUGAGCUCAAUAAUCUGCUGCCGGCCGUCAACGAGAACAUUGUCGUUCUGGAAGGAUCGUAUCAAGACAAAUUGUCACUGAACAUCUUUUCGAUGAUGAUUAUUUUCAAUGCCGUGCAGUCUCAGAGAACCGACAUGGAUUACUUCUUCCACCCCCGACAAAAGAAGGCCUUGCUUCAGCUACUGCACAAUUUGAAGCAAGCUAGCUUCUUCGGUGGCUCCUUCUUCGCGCCCGAGGACAUUCAGAAAUCACUCGACACUGCUAAACAGUUUUUGGAAGAGAAAAAGGUUGCCAUCAGUAAGGACGAUGAAGUAUUACUCGAGAAGGCCAUGGAAAUCGCCCGUAUUGCCAUCGAAAAUCCACUCAAAACACUCAGCAACUUCUUCAAUGAGAUACCCGUGUUUGUUCGAGAUUUUCUUCCUAAUGAUGCGGGGGCGGCAUGGUCUUUGGACGAGAAGAAUACCAACCCCAGCUGCACAGAUGCAGGCAUGGUGAUGGCCGUACAGAAGCUGAUUCGCUCGUCCUUGGGAGAUCCGACAAAGUUAAACAGUUUGCUGAACGGUCAACUGCUCGAGGCGGGCCACAAAGAAAUGGCCGAUCAAGUCAACUCAAGCUCUGAGGUAUCACAGGCCGAACGACGACCAACAAGAACGCCAUGCGUCCUUGCAGGUAAUACUAAACUUGGAGGCGAAAGGACUCCUAAGCAUCUACGAGCAAACGCAAUUCAUGCCGUCAAUGGUCCGCCUCCACCAACACUGGAACCCCCUGAAGAUCUUAGGAAAGCCGAGCUUGUGUCCACAGUGUCAGCUAAGCUUUCCUACUUAAUUGAUGCAGUUGCGGAACAUCAAAAGCAGGAGAAGAUGAUCAUAUUCUAUGAAAAUGAGAAUGUGGCAUGGUAUUUAGCAAGCCUGCUCGAUGUGAUACAAGUACCACACCUAAUUUAUGCAAAAACGCUUUCUUAUGAACGCAAGAUGCAGUACAUUAAUACUUUUAAUCAUGAAGCCGAGUUUCGUGUGAUUCUCAUGGAUUUGUCACAGGCAGCUGUCGGACUGGACAUGCGCGCUGCGUCAAGGAUCUAUUUCAUUAAUCCAGUUCUGAAUCCUCAGAUACAAGCACAGGCAAUAGGUCGUGCAAGGCGUAUCAGCCAGCAGAAGCCUGUCACAGUUGAGACACUUGUUCUCCGAGGAAGCAUCGAAGAGGUGAUUGUGGAGCGGAAGAAGAGCAUGUCCCAGAUUGAGCACUGGAAAUGCAAGACGAUUCUGGAUGACCGGCCCAUCUACAACUGGAUUUUGAACGCCGGGAUCAUCCCGUUGCCAGAGGACCAAAAGGACAAUCUGGCGCAAGCCAUUCCAUUGAAGCAUCCCCAACCAGUAUUCGGAGGCGGCUUUGGCCGAGAGCAGCACCCCGAUCAAGACCUGAUCAUGGGGGAUGUAGGCCUUGGUUCAUCUGUCAAGGAACGUCAACUGGCAGUAAGGCCUCCGAGUGGCUUGAAGCGAUCCCCAAGUCCGGGACUACAAACCGGUUCAAACACCACUUCCCACCCUGCACGGAGAGUUCGCUUUACGGAAGAUGGUGAUAAUGCACACGCCGACGUUGUGAUGAAUGGUGUCUCAAGCAACGCAGGAAAUCCGGGGACGGAUCACCCAGAGAAUGAGAAGAUGCUAGCAGAAAAGACCGAAAAGCCCUUGCGCCAGGUACGAUUUGCAUGA